GCCUCCGGCGUGGAACCCAACGGGGAGACCUACAGCGCGUUGGUGAGGGCGCUCUGCAAUGCAGGCGACCUCGCGGGCGCGAGGGAAUAUCUCGCCCGCGCGACGAAGUUGGGCCUCAGCCUGGACUUCGAGACCCACCUGAAGCUGGUCGUGGACCUCGUCCGCGCGGGCGAGGUGGCCGGGGCGAAGGAGGUGAGGCAGGACAUGGGCGUGAGGUUCGAGCACCUCGGCCGCGAGGGCUGGGAGCAGCAGCUCCGCGCCGCCGCCGCCCUCGGCACGGCCGGGGGCGCCGCGGCCGUGGAG